AUGGCUGAGGAGAAGAAGAAAAAGAAAAACAGGGAGGUCGGCGACAAUGGCCAGGGCAAGCUCCUCUCCAUCCAGCCGGAGGAGAAAUCCACGCCCAUCGACACCUCCAAGUGGCCCCUGCUGCUGAAGAACUAUGGCAGCAUGCUCGUACGCACCGGCCACUACACGCCGCUGCCGUUCGGCUGCUCCCCACUGAGCAGGACCAUAGCUGACCACAUGCUGUACGGGAUCAUCAACUUGGAUAAGCCAGUCAACCCAUCGAGUCACGAGGUUGUGUCAUGGAUAAAGCGCAUCAUGAAAUGUGAGAAGACUGGGCACUCCGGCACGCUCGACCCCAAGGUGUCUGGCUGCUUGCUGGUUUGCCUCAAUCGUGCCACCCGCCUGGUCAAGGCGCAGCAGUCGGCAGGGAAGGAGUACGUCUGCAUAGUGCGAUUCCAUUCAGAUAUCGGAGGCGGUGCAAAGGUCCAGCGCGCCCUCGACAUGCUGACGGGGGCGUGCUUCCAGAGGCCUCCUGUCAUCUCCGCGGUGAAGCGUCAAUUGAGGGUCCGGACGAUCUACGAGGCGAAGCUCUUAGAAUACAACUCGAAGAGGCAUAUGGCCAUCUUUUGGACCUCGUGCGAGGCGGGCACCUACAUCCGGACGAUGUGCGUUCACAUGGGUCUCAUCUUGGGCGUGGGAGCCCACAUGGCGGAGCUGCGCCGCGUGCGCUCCGGAGUGUUGGACGAGAACAAGUACAUGUCUACGAUGCACGAUGUUCUCGAUGCCCAGUUUAUGUACGAGAACCUCCGGGACGAAAAGUACAUUCGACGUGUGGUGAUACCGCUGGAGUUUCUCCUCACGACGUACCCGCGCCUAGUUGUCAAGGACAGCGCCGUGAACGCCAUUUGCUACGGCGCCCAGCUGAUGAUCCCGGGGGUCUUGCGCUUCGACAAGAACAUCGAGGUGGGCUCUGAGAUCGUCAUGAUGACCACUAAGGGCGAGGCGAUCGCUACAGGCAUCGCUCAGAUGACAACUGCAGUGAUCUCGUCCGUUGACCACGGCGUCGUGGCGGUGAUCAAGCGUGUGAUCAUGGAGCGCGACACCUACAACAUGCGCUGGGGGUUUGGGCCCCGAUCAAGCGACAAGAAGAAGCUCAUCCUCGCUGGGAAGCUCACCGAGAAGGGGAAGCCGAACGAGAAGACGCCCAGGGCGUGGCUCUUGGGCCAGGGGAGGUGGAGCUGGCUUCCCAAGCUCACCGCCGCCGGUGCGGACGAGGAGACCGUCGAGGAGCCGAAGGCGAAGAGGAAGAAGGACCAGGAGGCCGCGGAGGCCGUGGAUGAGGAGGAGCAGCCAAAGAAAAAGAAAAAGAAGGCGACCGAGUGA